UUCGAUUUCGACUCCCACGCCUUUCUCACCCUCUUCAUCUUCAUUCUUCCCGGCCACUCAGUUCUCCCCGCUGCUGGACUUCGGCCCAAGGAAUUUGACAUGAACGACGACUCAGGUGUGCAGUUUGUGGCUGCACGGCCAAGAAAGCGUAAUCACCAACAAAUGUCCCGAACGUCUCAUUCACCCAGUCGCCGUUUCUUUUCACAAAAUGGGGAGCCGUCGUCCUCCAGAGCUCCGACCAACCGGUUGCCACCCAUGAGGUACGCCGGGGACGGUCUCGACAUGAGGAGACCUGUCGUCUCGGCUUCCCCUCAGACAGAUGAAGUGAUCGAUUUGACAAAUGAACCGGAUUCGCCUCCACAAGAGCGAGAUAGGAGUUCUCGGGCGACAUCGCGGCGACCUAGACAGCCCCGUUUUGGAAGGGAUAUCAUGGCAGAUGUUGUGGAUCUCGAAGAUGAACCGGAUAAUACAAUUGACCUCGACUCUCCUAGCAGUCCAGAAGUUCAAUUCGUGGGUGCCACCGUUCGGCCCCAGCUGCCUCGACCAUCGCCACCACAGCCCAGAGGCUUUGAUUUCGGCUCCGGGCUUGUACGGUUCCUACGGUUAGAUAAUCCCAGGGUUCAACAUUUUCCUGGUAGAGGGUUAUUUUCUAGGGGUCCUGGAUGGAGAACCAGGGGGGCCCGUCACCCGCCACAAGAUGUGGAGACAUUUUGGAUCGGUGAUAGAUCAGGCGGAGCAGUUGAUCUGACGAUCAAUUUAGAUAUGGACGGUCCCCUGGCAAUGGAUUAUCAAAUUCAAGGGUUUUCGCCGGAUCGAGGGUCACGGCCAACAUACAAGCCACCUAGCCCGCCGCCGGAAGGGUUCACAAGGAACCUGGUAGAAGACGAGGUUGUCUGUUGUCCGAAUUGUGAUGUAGAACUCGGUACGGGUGAUGAGAUUCAACAACAGAUUUGGGUGGUAAAGCAAUGCGGACAUGUUUAUUGCGGGCAGUGUGCCACCUAUAGGUCCAAAUCGAACGCUAAGAAGGCAUCGCAGCCUGUGAAGCCAUUUUCUAAGUGUCAAGUGGCGGAUUGUGGGAAGGCUGUCAGUGCACCAAAAUCGAUGUUCCAGAUCUAUUUAUGAUACAUAUAUUCUCUCCUCCCCUUGUUUUAUACAAGGUUUGCAUGAUUCCGGUGUUAGGUGGGCGGUUACUUGGUCUGGUUUACUACUUCUUCGAUACCCUUAUUGCAUUGAUGGUUGAUGGGAUGG